GUUGUUAUGCGAACUGUAAGCCAAUAGGAAGCCUCGGUGGGACUCCGUGUGUCUGACGUUUACCCUGGGCCACAUAGACACAAAGGAACGGAGAGGACAGGAGGAGGGUGCUGCUGGGCAAAGUGUUGUGUAGACGAGGAUUCCAAAGGCAACAAAAUGACAGACAGCCAGAACGGCACCCAAACUGGUGACGAUAGUGCGGAUACCAGAUCAUUGUUUUCAAGCCCCCGGAUAUUUCCAGGGACUAAUGACUCGAAAGAACUGGAAAAGAAUUCCAAGCUUGCACAUCUGUUUAAGUACAGAAUGGAUUACCCUGAGAUGGGACAUUGCAUUAUCAUAAACAACAAGAAUUUUCACCCAUCCACAAGAAUGGGAACACGUUCAGGUACCGAUACAGACGCCCGUAAACUAUAUGAAACAUUCAAAUGUUUUGGAUACCAGGUCAAAGUGCUUAACGAUCAAAAGUGUUCUGAUAUCUUUGGACUUCUGAAAAAAGUUUCCGAAGAAGACCACAGUAAGAGAAGUUCGUUUGUGUGUGUGCUGCUGAGCCAUGGCGAGGACGGCUUAAUAUAUGGAGUGGAUGACUGCCUUCCUAUCAAAAAUAUAACUAACCUCUUCAGAGGGGAUCGCUGCAAGACCCUGGUGGGAAAGCCUAAAAUAUUCUUUAUUCAGGCGUGCAGAGGGACAGACCUUGACCCGGGAGUCGAGACAGAUAGCGGAAGCGAACCAUCGGGGGAACCAACCCGGAUUCCUGUUGAAGCUGAUUUUCUGUACGCCUAUUCUACAGUCCCUGGGUACUAUUCCUGGAGAAAUACUUCCAACGGCUCCUGGUUCGUCCAGUCUCUCUGCGAAAUGCUGAAACUCCACAGCUCACGCCUUGAUCUUCUUCAAAUCUUGACCUGCGUAAAUCACAUGGUAGCCGUAGAGUUUGAAUCCUGUUCAUCUUCUGCUGAGUUUCACGGAAAGAAGCAGAUCCCGUGUGUCGUGUCCAUGCUCACAAAGUCACUCUAUUUUCAACCAUAAGAAGCCCCCCCCGCACACAUGUCCAUGCAAAGUAUCCGGUGCCCAUAAACACGCGUGCAGUAGGUUUCAUUCAUUCCAUACAGAUGGCAGCCACUACCGCUGGAGGUUUCUUUAGGAGGGACAUCUGUUAAAGGGAAAUAACUAUUUUGUGCUAAAUAUGCCUUAAUAGUUUACAUUUUAUUUUUCAACUAUUAUUUUGCUGUUUUUCAUGACAAUAAAAGUGAACCACGUGAUAUAGCGAACAUUUUUUUUUUAUAUAAUGCAAACAAUUAAAAAGCAGGUUAUUUAAAAGUAACUCUUACUGCCUUUUCUCAUACGUUGCAGGUGUUCCGUUGUGUAAAUAGAAAUGCUCUUCAAAUAAUUGCUUCACGAUCUUUUGGGAUUUGUACCAUCUUUCUGAUUGUAAAACUGAGCCGUUAUUGCCUGGUGCGGAGAUCAUUUCGUUGUAUGGGCUUCUGCUGCCGCUUACCUGUUCUAUAUAUACCGGCCGUAUAAAUGGAUUUUCAAGAGAAGCCGGUUAAGCGAGCACACAAUGCAUGCAUUUUUCAGAUUAAGACUGUGUAGUGUUUGGGUAGAUUUAUUUAGUAUGCAAAAUACAAAAAUAAUGUAUUUUAGGGGGUAACAAAAAAUCUUAUCGUUUACACAUUGUUUUAGGUGGAACGUUCAUUACAUGAUAUAACCCCAUCCCUGCAGAAAUGUUACAAUGCCUUUCAGCUGCCAUGAUUAUAUCUAUAUAGGCAGUAUCAGCUUUAACCCGUGUAUAAAUGUGGCAUACGGCUACUGCCCAAACCCUGCUUGUUGCCACAAGGGCCAGAGACUCUAGCAGCCUGAGCACCACCCUCGUCAUUAAAGGUGCCGUAAAAAGAAAUGAACUGAAAGCACUCCGGUUUACAAAGCCCCAUUUUUUCCCAUGUUUUAUUUGAACCAUAUUUUUAAUAUUGGUAGGGCCUGACUUCUUUAUACGCUUUGAUCAAAGUUCUAUCGUAAACUAGAUUAACAUCACUUCCCAAGGACAGCAGCAGAUAAGAUAAGAACAGCAUUUCUUAAACGGAUACAUUCAUCUUGCCAAAGAGAUCGCAUUUAUACCAAGGGCCGGACUUUCUAUUACACGCGUUCUUAGGUAGUUUUAUACAAACGGAUACAAUAUUACAUUUUAUUCUGCCAACUGAACACUGGAGGGUAUAUUAGAAUAAAUGUAAAAAAUAUAUAUUCUUUGAAAUCAAUUGCAUGUCCUUUUAGUAUGAAACAUGAGACCUUAUAGUGAUUGGAAUUUAGGGGGAAAAAAAAAACUUUCUGAAUGUUGAAUUUCUGCAUUCCUACCUCGGAACGCUAUUCUUGACAUAGUUGGUUAAUUUUGUAUAUUUAUUAGGAUUAGGGAACGCUCUACUUUUGUGUGUUUCUAUUUUCUUCCUCGUAAAUCAUCUUUUAUGCAUAAAAAUAUUUCUAAAAUGUGGGAUUUUUUUUCAGUAGAAAAUUUGAAUGUGUUUUUCAAGUUCUGCUUUCGAGGAACUGAAAUCAUGUUAUUAGUAACCAGCAUAUAUCUGCAGCAGGAAUCAUUUCCAUUGCACGAUUGGUAGCAAUGCCUGAACUGAGUUUUUUAACAAUUCAUUUUUCUUGGUACUAUUCACAUUAAUAAAGUAAAAAGCACUUAAAUACUGAUUUAUUGUCGACACCGUGGUUUUUGAAGUUGUGUGCUGAAAUUAAAUUGUUGAUCAAA